GUUUACAUUAUCAACACACACAUGGGACGGUGCUAAUAUAAUAAUUGCAUAUAAAGUUAUGUCGUGUGCUAGGCCUAUGUGGACGGUGUAAUAUAAUAGAAAAUGUAUUACACAAGACACUAACUAUCCCCGUAUGCUUGUGACAAAUGGCAGAUAUGAGACGCAGUACAAAACGCAUUGCCGUCGCGGUAUGUUUCAGCUUUUUUGUGGUCACCAUUUUGUUGAUAUACAACUGGAAGCCAGGACACCACCACAAGAACCCCUUUGAAAUUGACAUCUACGACGAUGGUGAUUACGAUGAAGAUGCGAAGGAUGCAAUUUUACGUCGACAUUUGAUUGACUACCCUCUCUUCAAUUUCAAAGUGCAGAAAGAAGUAAGGCGUCCUCCUGCCAUAGUGCCACAGAUACUGGUGAAAAAGGUCCAACCUAUCACCGUCACUCCGUCAAUGUCAGACGCUGAGGUGGAGAAUAACUUCUUCAGGUAUAUCGAGACAAAGGACGUGAUCUGUAAGAAUGACAAACGCCUGGGUUUCCAGCAUGAUGGAGGGUACAAUGUGUGUUUCGCUCCUCCCUUUGGCCUGAAGAAGCCUUGCAUAGUGUAUUCUUUUGGAAUUUAUGAUGACUGGAAUUUUGACGAUGCCGUAUCCAAGAUCUUCAAAUGCAAUGUGUUUUCCUUUGAUCCUUCGAUUUCCCAAUCAGACCACAACAGGAGUUCAUUGAUAAAGUUUCGGAAAAUUGGCAUUGGAACCAAAAAUGGCGUCAACAGAAAAGGCUGGACUUUAAAAACUCUUGGAUCGAUUUUACGACGUAACCAUCACGAAAAGACGGUCAUUGAUUACCUGAAGUUUGACAUCGAGUACGAUGAGUGGACUGUCCUGCAGGCGCUCCACGAGGAAGGAUCUCUGUGGAACGUUAAACAGAUAGGCUUUGAGAUCCACACAAACGAGCUGUUCCGCCAAAAAGAUCUUCCGUUACGUACAACCACCAAACACGACUACAUACGAAUGUACAAGAUCCUUCAGACUCUGGACAGGAUGAACUUUAAGCAGUUUAACUACAGACUUAAUCCCUUCGGAAUGUUCAAAUCCAAGGUCACAAAUAUUACAAGGUCGUGUUGUUACGAUAUCCAUUUCAUGAAUAUGAACUUUGUGAAAAAGAAUUAUACUAUUGUUGAAAGCUGAUAUUUUUAAGCGGCAGUAGUCGGGUUUUUUCCAUUUUUUUAUUCCAAGACACUUUCACCAGUUUACUCGGUUUUAUAUGUAAUCAAUGUGUUCUGCAGGCAUUGUGGGUAUUUUUUAAAGGGUACCGCUAUGCUAGUGUCAUUCUGUGAUUGUGUGAUGAGAGAUUGUGUAACUGUUACUUACAUACAAUGGAGAUAUCAUAAUCAGGGUUGUGAGGAAAUGUUUAAGCUUGUGUGGAAAAUGGCAUUUAUUUUCUGGGUUAUGUUUUAUAAUGGUUUGUUAGAAAAUGUUAGGCACCUUGUAUAAAUUCAAUCAGUUUUUCAAUGAAUAAUUAUUGUUGGCAAUUGAUCUUUAAAAAAAGAUUCACUUCAGAUUACAUUCACGAUAAGACUUGAUAAAGAAGUGUUUCAGAUCCUUGCCUUUAUUGUGCGUGUUUACUAAAUGAGCUACCUUAUAGACUUACAGUAUAAAAGUUUAUUUGUUUUACAACAGUUAUAAAACCUGUUAUUUCAACUUGUAUUAAUCACUCUUGUUGGUCUGGAUUUUAGGGUGCGUGGAGGGUCUUAAUGUGGGAGGAAACUUGAGUGUUAAGAGAAAAUCCAUGAAGUCGGGCAGCUGACCUCAUAUCUUUUCACAUCUGAUCGGGGAACUAACUAUUGGUACUCUUUCACUGUAUGAUAACUCCUUAAUACUAACCUGUAAUAUUGGAAGUAAUACUUUGGUCAUGCUUGAUCCACAAUAUUUUUAGAUUGUGUUUACUUUAUCAAUUUUUAUUCACCUACAAUUUUCACGCAAUUCAGGCUUUACCAAAACAAUUAAAAUACAAUACCCAACAACAUGUACAAGCAUAGAACACUAGAUCAGUCCUACACAUUUAUUUCGUUAGGUUAGUAGUGUUAACUGUAUACAGUACCUAGAACUUUUUUUUCAGUAUGGUUAUAUUCAUCAGUAUAUAAUACAUGUACUGUGUAGUUAAUAUCUAAAACCUUGUACAAUCAAAAAGUUCUUUAUCUCAAGAUGUAUAUGGGUUUUUUAGUGUGUUCUAUGUGGCAUAGGUGCAUUAGGUUUAAGUAUAGGCAAAUGCCUAUGUCAAAGGACUAGGGGGGUUUAGGGUCUUUUUCGGCCUCAUCAGGGAUUUAGAACUAGUUGUUAUAUUCGUAAUCUGGAAUAAAUGAAGUACGCAAAUAUGAAAUUUCAAAUUCAUUCGACAACUGGUUUAAGAGAUGUUGCAUAUAUAACAAAGAUAGACAUAAACCUGCAUUUUCUUAUUGGAUAUCACCUGUUAUGCGCUAUUUGGUUGAUAAUAGGCCAUUUUGAAGGAAAUUAACUAAACACUCUUCAAUUUUUGAAAGCCUCCGCAUGCAACAAACAAAAAAUAUUUCACAUACUUGGACAUGAUCAUACCCGUGUUCAUUCGCAGAAAGGAAUUUUUGUUUGUCACUUGUGGAGGCUUUCAUUUCUGCAUGCUUACUGUCCAAAAACACCAUCUUUUGGCUAUUUCUGCAUAGCAACCCAAUUUCGUUUAUUGGCCGCAAAGUCAUAAAUUGCUUGACAGGGGAAGUUACUCUAAACCAGAAAAAACUACUUUUGGUUGCUUCACCUUUUAUAUAGAAGUAAUGGAACUCUUCUAUGUGAUUAUAACUGCAGAUGCUGUGGUACACUUUACCUUAAAUAAGGUCCAUUAUUACCCUUUAGUAAAACAAUAUAUUUCGAUCACUUGAGUCGUCGGCACAAGCCAGUGCCUAUACUCGUUUUACACUCGACCUUAGUUCUAUUGGUUUGUAUCUGGUGCUAGUGUCUAGUGUAAGAACAUUAAACCUAAAUAACUGGUGCCAAAGACUCCACAGACAUGUGUACUGGCACAUCACAUCUUGAUUUCUGAUAUGGUAAUUAGAUACCUCAAUGGUUGUAAAAAAAGUUGUUCAUAUGUAUGCAGCACUUUGCUUAUACAUAUAAAUAUUACCUACACUAGAAAGUGAUGACAAAACAUAUCAUUUAAAAAGCUGAAGAGUUGGCAUAUCAAAUGCUUGAUCAAAGCUUCCCGGAAUAUUCCUAUAAGGCUGGUUAAAUUUGACAGAGUUGAACUUUCGCCGUCACAGAAUGGGCUAUCCAUAUCGAGGCAAUUGCCACCUAGCCAAAUAUGUGUUUUUCGGAACAAUUGCAAUAUCUCACACAACACUCACACUUUGUUAGCCUUUUAUUGUAUAGUAUAAAGUAUUUUCCUAGCGUAAUAUAGUAAAUCUUUCGGGGUACAUUUUAACUAUAGUUUUCUCUGCCCCUUACUGCAGGUGAACUUACUGAAGUACAACGGACAACAAUUCUUUUAAGUAAGGGAUGUAUUAUGUAUUAGAAUAAUAAAUAAUUUUAGUUGGUAGAUGAACUGGUUAAACUUUAUACUAAAGUGGUUAACCUGUGUAAUUUUAGUUCAGUGGAAUCUCUACGAGAUAAAUCAUCUGGAUGCUUAACAGCUGUUCAACGUCCUGUUGAUGAAUCACCAUGCAAUUGGAAACAUGUAGAUCUCAUCAAAGUUAUUGAACCGUUCUUGAGGUGUUGAGAUUCCUUCAUCCUUCCGUUUGGUUCGUUAGUAAGGAACUCUAUGGAGUCCAUUUUAUGAGAAUAAUAUCACAUUUUCCUACAUCAGGAGUGUUGGAUUUCCCCCACGCUUUAUUCUUUUACUACUUUGGUGAUUGUGAAGCGGUUCAUGAUUUAUCGCAUAUUUUCAAUCUGUUUUAUCAAUGUUGAAAACUGAAGAAUGGCCUAUUUAUUGUUAUGUAAUUAUGUAGAUUUAAAACUUACAUACAGAGGGAUAUCUGACAGAGUUACUUCCCUUCGUACAGUAAAGUUGAGUACAAUCAUUUUUAUAUAGAGGACAUAACAAGGAUGUCUUUUACAUUGCAUUGUGGGAUUGUUGAUCUACUUUGUUACCGAGAUUAUCUAUCAUAUUGAUUGAAGAUGGAAGUGGUAGGAAUUAUAAUUUUACUUCGUUUGAUUAUUUAAAAAUCAUAUGAAUUAAUUAUACUAAAGUAUUCAAAGAUGCAUAAUUUUGCUAUUUGACACGUUUAUAAAUUAUAUCUGGCAUUAUCUCAACAUAUUAACGAUGUUCAUAUCACAGUUAAUUUGUCAGUAUGUUAUGUGUGUAUGUAUCCUCAUCAUCAUAAGGUUGUGCUUUUGUUUGUUAAUAUUUGCUUGCAAAGUUGGUGUUAAUUGUAACAAAUAUAUAGCUACUUUGAACAAGAAAUAGAUCAUGUAUAAUUGCAUCUUCGCUAACCAAGGGUUAAGAUCCGGUACGAUAUACCUACUCUCAGGUACACGGGAUCGUACCAGAUCAUAACCCUUGGUUAGUGAAGAUGUUAUUAUUGUAUCCCCCUGUUCUUUUGUUAUCAGGCUAGGGGAGAUAACCCAUUUGUAACAACACCAACGUCAAAAUAACGUGUUUCACUCAGGUCCAUGAGAAUUGAAUUUGCAUGGACACAUCUUCCAAUAUUUUUGUGACUCAUUCCUAUUGUUUUACUUAGAAGCUUCUGAAAGGAUCAUGACAGUUUAUUGAUUUAUUGAUUUAUUUUACUUAAGGAUCCCCGUACCACUGCCAAAAACUGUUUUUGUAACUAAUUUCUGGACAUUGUUUUAUUCGACAUGACUAUAGCUUUGAUAAAUCAGGUCUGAAAAGUAAACCAGACCUUGUGGGACUUUUAUGGAAAGUGAUAAAGAUGAAAUAAACAAAAUGUUUUCAACAACAGUGUUCUGAGUGUAACAAAAUUCAGCGGGGCUAGUCUGGGAUUCUAAUCCUAGAACUUAUUGAGCUACCUAGGCCUUGUCAACUGAAGUAUCAUGGCUCAACUUAUGCUCAAAUGGAAUUAAGGGGAGGUUACUGUAUAUUUUGGGAAAAUACAGUGUAGUGGGACAAGGAUCCUUAAUGAUAAUGCAGGAAAUGUUUAGAAAUUACGGGAUGGUACCAUAAAACCUGGGGAGAACACCAAAUUCUUACUCCAUCACUUGAUCAUUUUACUGAACAAAUUUGUUGGUGUAUGAUACAAAUAUAACGGAGAAAAAAUAUUAUUGAAUGUGAAUAGUAUUGUUGGCUUAGUGUUAUGGGAGAUUGUAUGUAGAUCAUAUUGGAAUAGGUGCUAGGGUCAUGCAAUUUUCCAUUUGUCACACUACAAAAAGGCAGGCCAAUUUAUUGAAAUUGUCAUCACAGUAGCGAUAAAAAAAACCUGAUAACUCUCAGUAUUUCAAAAAGUGUCAAAGAUUUUGUUUUCCUUCACAAGAUUUGUGGAACAUUACCUUAAGGUGUUUUAUGUACAUGUUUUACCACAUAAAGGGCUAGCCAGGUCUCUUUUGCAAAUCUGAAUCAUUAUUACCACCUCUGGAGGCUUCCUACUAAAUUUGAUUGUAUAUGACUUUGUAAUUCUUGAGAAUAAGAUGUUAAAGGAAAAGUAUUCAGAUGGAUGGCAAUGGAGCACAAUAGCUAACUUGACAUAGCAGGCCAGCUGGAGAUUAACAGGUUUUUCUUCAAAUUCUUACUUUGAAUCCAUAUGCAUUUUGUUAAACUUUUUUUAUGAAACAGUUUUAUUUCAAUAUGUUACAAAAUGUAAAAGGUCCGUUUAAUUGUCACUUAAUUAAUUAGCUUAUCAGCUUCUGAAUGCCUGUGCCCUACUAUUGUGCAUUAGGCGAGGAAUUCUUAUUACAGGAAUAAUUGUUAUCGUAAAUAUUAUUACAUUUUUUGUUAAUACCAUAUCAUUACACAUUUUUAUAAUAAAAUCAUUAUACCA